AUGGGAGCUGAACACUCGAAGGACCAGCGUCCGAGAAGAAUGCUUUUGCUGGGGAAAGGUCAGAGACUUCCUGCAUGGGAAGAAGCUCUUCUCUCAGGAAAAGACCCAAAGUCAUUGCUGAAGCGUGGGUUACAUUAUGUCAGUCUGAGCCUCAUAAUGAAGGGGAUGACAAAUGUGCCUGAUUUUUUGUGGGGCUUGUCGGAGGUGCAGAAGCUGAACCUUUCACACAACCAGCUGAUGGCUCUUCCUACAGCUUUGGGGAAACUAGACAGAUUAGCGGUGCUGAACUUGUGUGGCAAUCGCCUCAAGUGUCUGCCAAAAGAGACCGGGCUCCUCAAAAACCUGAAGGUUUUAUUUGUCGAUAUGAACUGCCUGAGUGAAGUGCCAGCAGAGCUCAGUCUGUGCACAAAGCUGGAAGUUUUGAGCCUUUCACACAAUUGCAUCUCAGAACUCCCUUCAAGCCUCACUGAUUUGACAAGCCUAAGGAAGCUGAAUCUGAGUAACAAUUGUUUCAUUCACAUUCCCUUAUGUGUUUUUGCAUUGAGGGGUUUAGAUUUCUUGCACUUAGGCUCCAACAGACUUGAAAACAUUGCAGAAAGUGUCCAGUACCUGGUAAAUUUGCAGAUCUUUAUUGCAGAAGAUAACAAUAUUCGCACCUUGCCACGGUCUCUCUGCUCCAUCGCUGCACUUGAGUUACUAAAUGUAGCUUACAAUUCUAUUCAGACCCUUCCAACUGAUCUCUAUCUUCUGCACAGAUUGCCAAAAAUUGCUUGGAAUCCAAUGGAUAAAGGGCUCCAUAUUUCACAUAACCCAUUGUCCAGACCACUGCCAGAGAUUGUAGAGGGAGGACUGGAUGUGCUCUUCAACUACCUUAAAGAGAAAAAUCAACACAACUAA